GCAAAAGUAAAGAAGCAGAAAUAAAGAGGAUAAACAAGGAACUGGCAAACAUUAGAUCAAAAUUCAAAGGUGACAAGGCUCUUGAUGGCUACAGUAAAAAAAAAUACGUCUGCAAGUUGCUCUUCAUCUUUCUCCUUGGUCACGACAUUGACUUUGGGCACAUGGAGGCUGUGAAUCUGCUGAGUUCAAACAGAUACACGGAAAAGCAGAUUGGCUACCUUUUCAUCUCCGUGUUGGUGAACUCUAACAGUGAGCUGAUCCGCUUGAUCAACAAUGCCAUCAAGAAUGACCUGGCCAGCCGCAACCCCACCUUCAUGGGCCUGGCCCUGCACUGCAUUGCCAACGUGGGCAGCCGAGAGAUGGCUGAGGCCUUUGCCGGGGAGAUCCCUAAGAUCCUCGUAGCGGGAGACACCAUGGACAGUGUGAAGCAGAGUGCUGCCCUGUGCUUGCUGCGUCUGUAUAGGACAUCUCCUGACCUUGUUCCCAUGGGUGACUGGACAUCCCGAGUGGUGCAUCUCCUCAAUGACCAGCAUUUGGGCGUGGUGACUGCAGCCACAAGCCUCAUCACCACACUGGCUCAGAAGAACCCUGAGGAGUUCAAGACCUCUGUCUCCCUGGCUGUCUCCAGACUGAGCAGAAUUGUGACAUCCGCGUCCACAGAUCUUCAGGAUUACACCUAUUACUUUGUCCCAGCUCCCUGGUUGUCAGUCAAACUUCUGAGGCUGCUACAGUGCUACCCGCCUCCAGAAGACCCUGCAGUGCGAGGCCGCCUGACUGAGUGCCUGGAAACUAUCCUGAACAAGGCUCAGGAGCCACCUAAGUCAAAGAAGGUCCAGCAUUCAAAUGCAAAGAAUGCUGUGCUGUUUGAGGCAAUCAGCCUGAUCAUCCACCAUGACAGUGAGCCGAAUCUUCUGGUCCGUGCCUGCAACCAGCUGGGCCAGUUCCUGCAGCACCGGGAGACCAACCUGCGCUACCUGGCUCUGGAGAGCAUGUGUACGCUGGCCAGCUCCGAGUUCUCCCACGAGGCCGUCAAGACCCACAUUGAGACUGUCAUCAAUGCUCUCAAGACGGAGCGGGACGUGAGUGUGCGGCAGCGGGCUGUGGACCUGCUGUAUGCUAUGUGUGACCGCAGCAACGCCCAGCAGAUUGUGGCCGAGAUGCUGAGCUACCUGGAAACGGCUGACUAUUCCAUCCGAGAGGAAAUUGUGCUGAAGGUGGCCAUCCUGGCUGAGAAGUACGCCGUGGACUACACCUGGUAUGUGGACACCAUCUUGAACCUGAUCCGCAUUGCCGGAGACUACGUGAGCGAGGAAGUGUGGUACCGCGUCAUUCAGAUCGUCAUCAACCGCGAUGAUGUGCAGGGCUAUGCUGCCAAGACUGUGUUCGAGGCUCUGCAGGCUCCAGCAUGCCACGAGAACCUGGUCAAAGUGGGUGGCUACAUCCUGGGAGAGUUUGGAAACUUGAUAGCUGGGGACCCACGAUCCAGCCCUCUGAUCCAGUUCAACCUACUUCACUCCAAGUUCCACCUGUGCAGUGUCCCCACUCGGGCACUCCUGCUGUCUACCUACAUCAAGUUCGUGAACCUCUUUCCGGAGGUGAAGGCCACCAUCCAGGAUGUACUGCGCAGUGACAGCCAGCUGAAGAAUGCAGAUGUGGAGCUGCAGCAGCGGGCCGUGGAGUACCUGCGGCUGAGCACCGUUGCGAGCACUGACAUCUUGGCAACCGUCCUGGAGGAAAUGCCACCCUUCCCGGAGCGCGAGUCCUCCAUCCUCGCCAAGCUAAAGAAGAAGAAGGGCCCAAGCACAGUGACUGACUUGGAGGAGACCAAACGGGAACGGAGUGUUGAUGUGAAUGGGGGCCCUGAGCCUGCCCCAACCAACACUAGUGCUGUGUCCACACCUUCUCCAUCGGCAGACCUGCUGGGUCUGGGGGCCACUCCCCCUGCCCCCACGGGGCCCCCUUCCUCCUCCGGCGGCGGGCUGCUGGUGGAUGUGUUCUCAGACUCUGCUUCUGCGGUUGCACCACUUGCUCCCGGCUCUGAAGACAACUUUGCCAGGUUUGUUUGUAAAAAUAAUGGCGUGCUGUUUGAAAACCAGUUGCUUCAAAUUGGACUUAAGUCUGAAUUUCGGCAGAAUUUAGGUCGGAUGUUCAUAUUUUAUGGUAACAAGACCUCCACACAGUUCUUAAACUUUACUCCAACACUAAUUUGUGCAGAUGACCUUCAGACUAAUCUGAACCUGCAGACCAAGCCCGUGGACCCAACUGUGGAUGGGGGUGCUCAGGUGCAGCAGGUGGUCAACAUAGAGUGUGUGUCUGACUUUACAGAGGCACCUGUCCUCAACAUUCAGUUCAGGUAUGGUGGCACCUUCCAGAACGUGUCCGUGAAGCUGCCCAUCACGCUCAACAAAUUUUUUCAGCCCACAGAAAUGGCUUCUCAGGAUUUCUUUCAGCGUUGGAAGCAGUUGAGCAAUCCACAGCAAGAAGUGCAGAACAUUUUCAAAGCAAAGCAUCCAAUGGACACAGAGAUCACUAAAGCGAAGAUUAUUGGAUUUGGUUCUGCACUCCUUGAGGAAGUCGAUCCUAAUCCUGCAAAUUUUGUGGGCGCUGGCAUCAUACACACCAAAACCACUCAGAUUGGGUGCUUGCUGCGUCUGGAGCCGAAUCUGCAAGCCCAGAUGUACAGACUUACGUUGCGCACAAGCAAAGACACCGUCUCUCAGAGAUUAUGUGAAUUGCUGUCAGAACAGUUCUGACCCACCAGGGUGAAGAUUGGGCUCAUCUUUGUGCAUUUCUCUUCAUCUCUACCGUUUGUCUUCGUUAUCACACUGCAAAUAAACACCCCUUGUCUGAGUCCCACAGCACAAGGCGUCUCCAGCCCUGUACCUCCAGCCAGCCCCUGUGGGUGUGGAUGGGACGCAGCGCAAGGUUCCAGAAGGGCUGCAGCAGGCCUGCCCCAUUGGAGGAGGGAGCCUGGACCUGGGAAAUCAAGACAGCCCUGGGGUUCAACUUGCAAAUUAAAGGGAAAUUACAAGUUUGAAUGAAAGUGGAAAUUUGGUUGAAAUUUUAUUGAAAUGCUGCUGUUCUGCUGCUGACUCGAUCCCAGAGCCCAGGAGCAGCACCUUGGGCUUAUAGGGCUGACCCGGGGCUACGUGGCCGUGCUGGUGGGUGACACCAUGGCUAGAGAUGUGUGACUGUCUGACCCGACAGGCUGGGUACUGUCUCCAUGUGGCUGGUUGUAUUGCCAUCUGAUGGUUUCUGGGGAGGAACUUUAGGAGCUAGAAGCAUUUGUUUCAGUGACUUGGCAAAACCACAAGCAUUGCUCACCUCAAUGGCAGUCUUCUUCCCAGCACCUGUGUUCUUGAAGGGACAUUUGUGACAUCCUUACUGCUUGUUUCAGACCUUGCAUUUGCAGCUUCGUGGGCAGAGGGCUCCUGGUGACUCUGGAGGACAUGGACACAGCAUUUGUUUAAAUGAGUGCACUGUCCUGGGCCCUGUGCUUGGGAACGUGGGGGUUAAGAAUGGAUGGUGGAGCAAGACUGUGCAAGGUGUGCUUGUCUCUCCUUGCAUGUGUUUUUUCCCGGGAUCUGUUGAGGUCCUUGUGCUGCUGACCUGUAUCUGGUCCAUGCUUGAUGUGGAGUGGAGCAAUGAGGCCUGAGUUUGGUUGGUAAGGAAGGAUGGCAGCUGAAUGAGUACUGUGCUGAGAAUGCCCUGGGCCUGCAGGUCCAUGGGCUGUCAUGGGUCGUCCCUGCCCCAGCACUGGACUGCACGUGUGACCCCUCGAGGCAGGAACACAGACCAGGGCAGCGACUUCAGGAAUCCAGCUGAGUCCCUGCACUCUACCCUGAGACACCAGUGCAGACAGGGUUGAACAGGUUUGAACACGCACAGCAACUUUCGGCACCUUAUUAUACACACUGGAACUCCAAGCUCAGCCGCUCAAAGUCCUUCACCUCAGCCUUUGCCACCAGCUAGGUGGAACUCCUGCAGGGUUUGGGACCUUCAGCCCCACAGAGCCCAUGUGUUGGUUUCAGAACAAACAUUACCUCCUGUUCUGGCCCUCAGGUCUGACAGAGCCGGUGGUCUGGCUGUGGUUUUUUGUGAUACACACCUGCUGCAGGGCAGGCUUGUGCCUCAGAUGGACGACCUGGCUGUACAGCCAGAGUGAACCUCCACAUUCUUUUGAUCCAGCUGCUGGACAGAGUGACUGUCCCCAGUGUGCAGUCCACACACAUUGGACUGUAUGGAAGACUCAGCCUGUGUGGCCAUGGCUCAUGUGACACAUGUUCAACCCUGUCUGCACUGGUGAUGGUGUCUGAGAUAGUAAUGGCCCCAGCCUGGGAAGGGUGACUGCCAUGACACAGGCCUGCCCUCUGCACCAUCUGGGCCCUCCAUCAGUUCAGUGUGCCCCUUCUCAGAAAAAAAUAAAUGGUAGAGCAGUGACCCAGAGCCCAUGUGUGGUCUUUGUGUAGUUCUUUGACAUCCCCUGUAUGUAUUGUGGGGAAUUAUGUGCUAGGG